UAUGGAGUAAACAGCAUUUUAUACCAGCGAGGUUUGUACCCAGAAGACAUGUUCACAAGAGUUGUUGAUUUUGGAGUGCCAUUGAUGGUAACAACAGUUAAAGAAAUAAGCGACUACCUCGACCAGCAUUCUAAGUACAUCGAAGAGUGGCUUGAAAAGUUGACAUUACAAAAGUUGGUUGUCCUAAUAAGAAGCGUCGACACUGGAGAUAUAAUGGAAAGGUGGCAGUUCAAUGUUGAGUGUGACAAGACAGCCACUCAUAACACUAUAAAAGAAAAAACUGAGGCUGACGUACGCAAAGAAAUUCAGCAUGUCAUGAGGAACAUUUUAUCUGCCAAUGCUUUGCUGCCAAUUUAUGAUUGCCCGUGCUCUUUUGAAAUUCUGAUAUACACCGACAAAAGCCAGGCAGUGCCCGAAACAUGGAAGAUCACAGAGGCAGGUAUCAUUGACAAUUCACUCGAAUUGAGGCUGAAAUCUUAUGACACAACCAUCCACAAAGUUUCCACAUCUGUCGCCUAUAAGAAACUUGAUUGA